AUGCCUGCCGUUACUACCCGCUCAGGCCGUCACAUCAGGCACCCACCUCUGCCUGAUCAACACAAGACUCGCAGGAAGGCGUCCAAUGCGGAUAACGUCGAGGCAAGUCUUGCCCUCGAACCUCCAAAACGGUCUUGCCCCCGCCCCCGCCGUCGCACUGGCCCCAAGAGUGUUAUCGACCACAGUGACGACCAUCCAGAGCUGUCUAUUCGUCCUCCACCCAAGCCUUGUCCGCUUGCACGGUCCAAGUGUUUGGGCCCCAUGACCUCAUCCGCUGAAGAGGAGAUUUUUGAGGCUAGUUUCUCAAGGCGCUCAUCAAUGAUUCCAGCAAAUUCCGACGUCGCUAUCGAUCAGCAAUCCCACCCGUCUCAUGUUCAACUUGCUGAUGGCACUUCGUUAACACGUGCCGAAUUUUGCCUCCUUGCAGAUGAAGAAGUAUCUGCUGACAUCCAAGAAGGCGAUGUAGAAUCAGGCAAGCAUUUUAUUAUGCUCCUACACCCGUUACUGGAGAACACGCCACUACUGCGAGUGAGAAUCCGAAUGCUAUCUCUCAAAGUCAGACAAACGAUCUCAAUGGUAGGAAUCUCAACCAAUAGUAAUGUAGCUACUUGUACUGAGUCCCACGAUGCAGGGUAUAGCAACAAGGAUCAUGGCAAGGAUACUUCAGGUACCUCUACUGAGUCACACUACCCAGAGGAAGGCGGGAAUGAUGAUGGCCACAAAACUUCAGCUACUUCUACUAACAGCCGCCCACAUAGGUCAGGUGGCGUCAAGUCAUAUGCACCUGAUCGCAGUGCUGGUGAAGACGACGAGGCUCCCUCUGAAGCCGAUCCCCCAUCUCCACCCGAAGAUGAGGACGACGAAGACUUUGUGAAGACCAAAGGAAGAAUGCCCCAAGUAGGCAUCUUAAAGGCGCAAGAGCUUGGGAAGAAGACGUUGGAAGCCACUAGAACACUGGGUCAAGAAUAUGGGAAGAGUGCGCAGACAAUCCUCAUCGAGGCUGGGUUGACUAUGAAGGCUACCCGCAAGGAGUCUCCGUGGAACCAACACCAGACGUGGUUCACAGCUACCCAUCCCCUGCCUAAAGGAGUAUCGGGAGUUGUCUCACCAGAGGACGUCAAGGCUUGGAAGGUGAAGCAGCGAGCUCAUUACAAAGCCCACCCACAGGAUGACCCUCAGCACGCAUCGUUGUGGAAGGAGAUACAGGAAAACUGGGAUCGUGCUGUCGCGGGUACAACUGAGGACCUAACAUCACGUUCUGCUGCAGGUCUUAUGAUGGGUGUUUGUGAUGCUUUCACAAAAUCAGCUGCAUACUGGCAUCGCACCCAUGGCAUUCACAUUGCCGGUGUUGCAAUAUUUCCCAGUGAUGAAGAGGCAGGCCGUCAGGCGUCAGGGCUGUUCGCCGGCUCUGACAUGGUCAAAGCCCUUAUCAAUUCACACCAACUUGAUAUUAAGUGUUGGUUAGAUGAGCUCACCACAAUCCUUAAGUACAAAGACUUAGAAGCUGCGCACGCUGAAGGCAAGACUUUCAGCUUACUCCCUGCCUCUUCCACUGCUCCAAAUGGUAGCCUUUUGCGCAACGGCAAGCCUGCCAGGGAUAGGAAUAGAAAGCUGACCAUGUUGGACAUCCUGUAUACCGAGAAGCUUUGCAUUCACGACUGGCCCGCUGGUGUUCCCCCGCCCGGCCCAGAUUUUGAUCUAAAGGCUCUAUCCACAAGUCAACUACAUGCAUUGGUAGCUCCGUAUCUCAGGCUCCAUCUUGGAGCAAUGUACGAGGCUGAGUUAGGUCUUGACAAUGACAACGACGAUAGCGAGGCGGAGGCAGCAAAGGCGAAGAAGCGCAAAGGCAAGUCCAAGAAGUCGGGUGACAAAGGAAGGAAGAAGGGGGCGGUGGUGGAGGAGCCAAGUGUCAUCUUACAUAUCAGCAGGUGGCCUGAAAGUGAUAUCCUUACUGUUGAGACACAGGCCACAAGCAUGUGCCUCAUCCCACUUGUCAUCGACACUAACGGCAAGGUUGUUCGCUCCCUCCAAGACUCAGAGAAGUUCAUCAAGGAUCUUCUGCAAGACGACACCCAAGACGACACUCCUAGACGCCGCACCAAACAGGUAAUCAAAAAACCUGCAGUGUCUAAUCUAACAGCUUCGCGCUCGACUAUGGGAGCUUCGCGCUCCAAUCAGGAAGCUUCACACUCAACUAUGGGAGCUUCGCGCUCCAAUCAGGAAGCUUCGCACUCAACUAUGGGAGCUUCGCGCUCCAAUCAGGAAGCUUCGCGCUCAACUAUGGGAGCUUCACACUCCAAUCAGGAAGCUUCGCGCUCUCACCGCCAUACUAACCGAGCCAUCUAUGAUAAUUUCCCACCUUCAUCGCCACCAACACCAUCUUCCCAGUUUUCGUCUCCCCCUCCUAUUUCACGUGCAUCAACUCCUAUGUCAACCUGGGGUUAUCCACACGUCGGGGAUGCGACAUAUCCCUCUCGCUCUCGAUAUGAGCAUUCACACGAUGGACCACGUCGAUAUCAACGUGCAUUUGAUGAUGCUAUGCCGACAUAUAACCCAGACACUCGCAAACGGACGCGGCCCCAUUAUGAAUCUGCUCGGGAGACUGAAGACCUGGAGCGUGAAACAGUGGAGGAGAGGCACCGUGUCAGGGUCCAUGAGAAUUCUCGUAUACCUUUAGGCCGCGCCCAAUCGCAGGCACGUGUAAGUUCUGCACCAAUUUCCAGCACCUCCCGUUCUCGGCUACUGUCGCAUUCCUCCGUUGUGCCAACUUCUUGCACUGGUUCCUCACAGCGCCGCAAUCAUUCAACUGUCAGACCUUCGCAUAUUCACCCUGCAUCUCCCGAUCGCUGUGCAAUCAUCGAAGAAGAUGAAGAUGAGUAUUACUAA